GAAAGUGGUCUGAGCUUCCACAGGGAUUGUCCCUGCCGAGGUUUGCCCUUCCCUGCCCACACACAGGAGGCUCCCGGAGCCUGGCAGCUGCCCAAAGCCAACCCCAAUCCAACGUCACAGCCAAGGACUCUCCUACCUCUGGCAGCACCGGGACACGCUCGGGGCAAAGGACGUUCCAACCUGAGGCAGCUGCGCCGGCUCCACCAGAGCACUGAGGUGAGGAGGGGCUGGAGGCAGAGGGGCUGUGCUGCCCCUCGUGUGGCAGCUCUUCAUCAGCAGGCCAUGGAUUCUCCCUAUGCCAACGGAGCCUACAGCCCCCCGUACCCGCACUACCCCAGCCUGCCCCAGGCACGGGGGUUCUACUGCUCGGGGCCCCCCCGGGCCCCCUACCCCCCGGAGCCCACGGGCCUGUACCGGCCUCCAUCGCCCGCUCCCGCCUGGAGCUACAUGUCCCCGGAGUGUCCCGCCGAGGGCUCCGUGCUCCGGAGGCAGCAGGUCCCUGGCUACUCCCCACCACAGACCCCGGGAAUGCCGAUCCCGCAGUAUCCAUAUGGAGACAGCAGUGCAGGGGUCACGGCACAGGGGCCUGUGCCACAGCCCAGAGCCCCAGAGGACACGUGGGGCCCCCCCUCAGUGUAUGGGGUGCAGCCACGUUAUGCCUGGCCCACGGCCCCAGGCCACGGGAACCUGUACGUGUCCGACUCACACCCGUCCUGGACCAACAGUGGGGCUCCUUCCCACCCUCCCGCCUGGGACUCACAGGACUCUGCCUACGACAGACCCGAGCAGAGCCCGAGCCAGCACAGCUACUACUCCGAGGUGAACCAGCAGCCCUCGGGGCCGGCGGGGGAGCCCAGGGCAGCCCAGCCCCGGGUGCAGUACAGUGCCCAGCCCCAGCUGUACGACCUCGCCCCGCGCCGGCCCGCCAGCCGGGAGCCCAGAGCCAAACCUGCCGACCCCCCUCCUGCAAAUCCCACAGCCAUCCAGCCCGAGAUCCAGAGGAUCCUCCACGUCAUGGGGCAGGCUGAGCAGCUGGAGGAAGAGGUGGAUGAGUUUGUAGGGAAAAAGACAGAUAAAUCUUACCGGCUCCUGGAGGAGAUGUUGACCAAGCUGCUGCUGGAGCUGGAUUCCAUCGAGACUGGGGGCCAGGACAGUGUCCGGCAGGCCAGGAAGGAGUCCGUCCACAGAAUUCAGGCCAUACUGGAAAAACUGGAAAGAAAGGGAUUGUGAAAGCACAUCAGCCACAACACACGGCCUGUUGUUGAGGUUCCAAAGAGUUUCAGUUCUCUUAAAUCUCAGCUCUUUCUGCUACGCACUACUGACAAUGGAAAAUAGCAAUAAGCCCUGAGUUAACAAUCAAAACAAACCCACAAAAAAGCCACCCCAGAAGCCCAGCCCUGACAGACAACUUGGCAAAGGACAAAUUGAGAGAGGUUUGAAGAAGCAAACGUCAUUAAUGAAGAUGUUGAAGAGGACUGGGCUGAGGAUGGAGCCCUGUGGGGCUGUGUACAGAAUUCCCCAGACCAGGCCCAAUCUCUGGGUGCCUCCUGCAGCCACAGACGGUCUUUAAACACUUGCCAGAUGUGCUGCAACGUGCAGCCACCAACCAAGACUCAGGGCUUGUCCUCACUGCCUGUGUUUUCAGCUUCAGCUCCCUCACCAUAAAGCCCGUGUGUCCUCGUGGGGGUUGUUUGGCUUUAGUGCACUCAAGGAGUGACACCGAAGUGCUGGAGGGGGGCACUGUGCUGGCACAUCACGUCGGGCUGUUCCUCCUCUGAGGUGAGAAGCCAGUCUGGGGUGUCCCUGUGGACUUAGGAACACAGACUGGAAAUCCCAGUUCUGCCACUGGAAAGGAGAGGUGCAAGCGGAGGAAUGAUGUCAGAACAGAUGCAGGGGGUUUGGAAUUGAUUUCCAGGUCACUUGGGUAAAAAUCUCGUUUAAUGUCCCUCUCAUCCUGUGAGUUUUGUGUCCCACUGCACAGCGGGGAGGGAACAGCUCAGCCUGUUUCAGCCUCCUGGUUACAACGUGCUCAGUGAGUCAUUGCUGUGUGUGACACUUAAUAAACCCUGACAAGUUUUAAAUGUUAUUUUGUAA